GAGUAGCACGCUCCACCUUCGAUAUCUUUGAGCACGUUCGCAUCAUCUCACAAGAUCUAGGUCAACGUUAAAUUUGAGUAUGUUUGCUGUCUUAUUUGGCGCUGUCUUGCCAAUCUUUUGGUCCCAAAGAAUUGAGGCAAGCGUGUUGGUUGCCGAUACUACUAUGUCCAGGAUGGUGGAGGUGAAUGCCGGCGCUCCUUUCUGCGCUCUUUACAACGAUCGUGGGGUAAUCCAGAGAAUGGUUCUCGGUGCGGACCCGAGAAAAGUUCGACAAAUUUCUAGCAACCUCGUCACCGAUCUGGAAGAAACCUGUAAGGCUUCGCGAGAUAAAGGAAAGAAGCAAGCGCUCGACGGUGGUAUAAUAUAUCCGGGUACUAAAUGGUGUGGACCAGGUAACGUGGCCAGUUCCUACGAUGAUUUGGGCAAACAUUCGGUCGAGGAUGCUUGCUGUAGGGAACAUGAUCAUUGCUCAAUCACAAUAGCGCCGCAACAAUGCAUACACGGCAUAUGCAAUAACUCGCCAUUUACUCGCUCACAUUGUGAUUGCGAUGCCAAAUUCCGCAGAUGUUUACAGAAUCUCAAUACCGAGGUGGCUAAUACUCUCGGCGCGCUCUUCUUCAACGUAAUUCAGGUUAUUUGCUUCAAAGAAAGACGACCGUGCUCGCAGUGGCAAAGCUGCGAUUUACAAUGGGAAAAGUCUCCGAUUUACACGUCAAACAAUUUAUCGAAGAGAGGAUUUCAAAGACCACUAUUGACAACUGUUUCCUUCGUAUUUAGAGAUUUGAUCAGACAAGAUACGUUCUUCAAGAUGGCACGUCAUUUAUCUGAAGACGUUCCGACAUAUAAAAAAGGAUCGCCGUAAACGAACGGCUACGCGGAGGCUGUGUCCGAUCGAUUGUGCUCGCAAUACAAGUUCCGACCCAGUGACAAAUAUGUGCCCA